GGGUAGACAGCUUGAGAGAGCACUUGUUUGAGACGCGAGAGACCGAGACACGGCCUGCCAUAUUCAAAAUAAAUUGGAAGUCUCUUGAAAAAUUUCAGGUCAACGGUAGUUCGCUGCGUGCGUAAAUGCUAAAGGGCGGCCCCAAGCUGCCCGCAGCCGUGGCUAAGCGGCGUGGGAAAGCACGCAAGAAGGUUCCUGGGGGUGGACCGAAGGCGCCCGCUGAUGACUCUUAUAGCUGCAGUGGGGAGGAGGACUACAGCGACUCAGAGGAUGAGGGCGUGGAGGACUACAAGAAAGGGGGCUACCACCCUGUGAAUGUCGGUGAGAAGUACAACAACGGACGCUACACCGUGCUGAAGAAGCUCGGCUGGGGCCACUUUUCGACCGUCUGGCUCGUGCACGAUGCCGAGACGGGCGAGUACCGCGCGCUAAAGGUCCAGAAGAGCGCGCAGCACUACACCGAGGCAGCGCGGGAUGAGAUCACCCUGCUCACGCAGCUGCGGGAUGGCGACCCCAACAACGAGAUGAAGUGCGUGCGGCUAUACGACAGCUUUGAUCACGUGGGACCGCACGGCCGGCACGUGUGCUUGGUUUUUGAGGUGCUUGGCGACAACCUGCUGGCGCUGAUCAAGCGGUACGACUACCGGGGCAUCCCCAUCCCGGUCGUCCGCAACCUGGCACAGCAGAUGUUGGUGGCGCUCGACUACAUGCACAGGUGCUGCGACAUCAUCCACACGGACUUCAAGCCGGAGAACGUGAUGCUGGUGGAGCCGCUGCGUGACCGCACCUGGGUCAUCCCCGACCCCUCGGCGCCGCAGUCUGCACUGCAGGCGUUGAAGCUGGCGCAGCCGGCGGCCACCACCGCCACCGCGGCCGCCGAGGCACCCACAGCCUCGACGGGUUCCGGCGGCGCGGCUGCCUGUGGCGGCGCCGAGGGGCUCACGCGCAACCAGCGCAAGAAGCUCAAAAAGAAGAUGAAGCGGGCGGCGGCGAAGAAGACCGACCUGGCCGACGGCGCAGGCGACGAUGACGACUGCAGCGACGUGGAGUCCACCAGCGGCAUGACGGGGGCCAUGCAGUCAGGAGACCCGGACGCAGUGGACACGGCGGCCACCGCCACAGCUGCCGGCGGGGGCGCGGAGGCGCACGCCGGCGAGGCGAACGGCAACGGUGCAGGAGCCGCGGAGAGCGGGCAAGCGCCGGGCGGGGAAGAGGACGCGGAGACGGCGGCGCGGGUGGCGAGCGGCGCUGAGGCCACGACAACGGCGGGCGAGGGUGCGGGGCCGAAGCAGGUGGUGAUCACGCGGCCGGGGCUGACGGACGAGCAGAUGACAACGGCGGCGUGCAAGGUGGUAGACUUCGGCAACGCUUGCUGGACGUACAAGCAGUUCACCACUGACGUGCAGACGCGGCAGUACAGGUGCCCGGAGGUGAUCCUGGGCGCCAAGUACUCGACGCCGGCGGACCUGUGGAGCCUGGCCUGUGUGGUGUUCGAGCUGGUGACGGGCGACCUGCUGUUCGACCCGCGCUCCGGCGACAAGUGGGACCGCGACGAGGACCACCUGGCGCUGUUCAUCGAGCUGCUGGGCCGCAUGCCGCGCAAGGUGUACGAGAAGGGCAAGUUCUCACGCGACUACUUCAACCGCAACGGCGAGCUGCGGCACAUCAAGAAGCUGCGCUUCUGGCCGCUGGACCGGGUGCUGGUGGAGAAGUACAAGCUGUCGGAGGAGGAGGCGGCGGGCCUGGCCUCGUUCCUGCACCCCAUGCUGCGCUUCGUGCCGGAGGAGCGCGCCACGGCCGCGGAGAUGCUCAACCACCCCUGGCUGCGCGGCGAGCGCUCGCCGCCGCAGGCUGACACCGACGCGCGACCCGACAAGCGCAGCGGUAGCGCGGCAAGCUGCGGCUCGCCCGACUCGCGAUCGGCUUCGCCGGCGGAGGCGCAGCGGCAGCAGCACGGGCGGGAGUCGGAGCGGGAUCCGGAGCGGGAGCGCGAGCGGGAGCGGGAGCAGGAGCCGUCAAGGUCGGCAUCGCGGGAGCCGGUCAUCGAGCUCGUAGAGGUUGAUGACGCGGUUCUCGUCACCGCCAAGGCCGCGCAGUAGAUAUCUGCGACCGCGAGGCACUGUUGGCGUUAUGGUUUCGGGGUGUGCCAGCACUAAAAGUCAUAUUGUAUGCUGACACUUAUAUUGUGACAAAUCGAUUGCGCGUGCGAGGGGCUUCAUUUGGCGCCUGAUUGCGAUGGUCUGCGUGGCAGCGGGCCAAUCUGCACGUUUGUAAAAGUCGCAUUUU